UAUUGGCUUUUUGAGACAGGGUCUCCUUGUAGCUUCUGCUACCCUGGAGCUCACUAUGUAAAGGAGGCUGGUCCUCAUCUCACAAAACUCCACCUGCCUCUGCCUCCUGAGUCCUGAGAUUAAAGGUCUGCGACACAACACCUAGCUAAAACGUGCUAUUUUAAAAAUGUGCGUGUGUGUGUGUGUGUGUGUAAUGCCUAUGGCAUGUCACGUGUAUGGAGGUCACAGGACAGCUAAUUGGAGUCUCUCCUCACAUCUUGUGAGAGUCCCAGGGAUGGAACUUGGGUCGUCAGGCUUGGCAGCAAAUACUUUUACCUGCUGUGCCCAGUCUCAGUUCCUCUACUGCUUUAAAGUUAAUGAGCAGUUAUUCAGUCAAAGAAUAUGGAAAUACAUAACAGUUAGGCACUAGAUUUGGUGUUCAUUAAGUUCUAGAUAUUAAGGAAAUGUACAGGAGCGACUGAUGGACAAAUUUAUCACAGCGGUCACAAGACCUAUGUUAAUGGACAGUGUCUUUUCUCUCCUCUUGAUGGCUUGGAAAACUGGGAAAAUCUUAUGCCACUUCCAAAUCGCAGGGGGAAUGCAACUUUUCUGCUGGGCUCUGAAGUUCUUACAUGCCCCCACUAUAGAUACCAUACAAACGCAAGAAAGACAUCAAACCGGUCACAACCUACCUAGGCUAACUCGAAAAUAGCAUGUGUCGGAAUCAAAGACUUGGGGGUGUGACUCAGUGAUGGGGUAUCUGCCUAGCAAAACGUGUAAGUGGAAUCGGGGUUGCUAUAGCCUAGGACGAGUUUCUUUUUAAAGCUAAAGCGUACAAACUCUAUAGCCCGGUCCCUGACUGCUUUCGCAGAAUUCUGCCUUCUCCGGUAUACCCUUAAUUCGGCUCCCUAGUCUUUGCACCCGGGGGCCGGCUAAGCGGGAACCCAAGGACAGAAGGAGACAGGGGCCGGAGGAAUGGUCAGCUCCUCCUCUGCUCGGGACCCUGGCGGGCAUCACUCCUCCUCCGGGGGCCGAGACUGGAGAGGAAGUGGGAAGGGUGCAGUCUGCCCCUCACUCGGAGCCUCCAUGCCCCCACCCCUCUUCUCAGCUCGGGGCUCCGGUGCGCCUCGUCCCCGCCCCUCGCCCUGGGAGAGGAGCGGCCGGCUCCGGCAGGCUCCCGGAGAAAGGCCGGAGACAGCUGGCGGCCUCAGCCCCACCGCCACAAUCGCACUCGCCGCCUAGGGUCUCCCGCCCACCCCGACCCAGGCCCCAGGGCAGCCCCGGAGACCGCUGUGGCCGGAUGCGGGCGCGUCAUUUCCGGGCGGUGCAGCGGCGGCCGUUUGGAAGAUGGCUGCGCCCUGUGGCUCGGAGCUGCCAGCCAACUCGCCGCUAAAAAUCCCGAAGAUGGAGGUGCUCUCCCCGGCUUCUCCAGGCGACCUGAGUGACGGGAACCCAUCGCUGUCCGACUCCUCCACGCCUCGGGGGGCUUCCCCGCUCGGGCCCGGCAGCGCGGCGGGCUCGGGGGCCGCGGCGUCCGGGGGUCUCGGUCUGGGGGGCCGCAGCGCCGCUUCGUCCUCGGUCUCCUUCUCUCCCGGGGGCGGCGGUAGCGGGGCUGCGGCGGCCGCUGCGGCCGCCUGCCGGGGCAUGUCGUGGACGCCGGCCGAGACGAACGCGCUCAUCGCUGUGUGGGGCAACGAGCGGCUGGUGGAGGCGCGGUACCAGCAGCUGGAGGGAGCUGGCACGGUGUUCGGCAGCAAGGCCCCCGGGCCGGCCAUGUACGAGCGCGUGUCCCGGGCCCUGGCCGAGCUGGGCUACGAGCGGACCCCGUCCCAGUGCCGGGAGCGCAUCAAGCCCGCACUGCUUUGUUCCCAGGUGGAGGGGCUCCCAGGCUGCAUCUUACCAGCUGGGACCGGAUUGAGGAAGGACAGCCGGGGUGCCGUGUGUGCCCACUUUAAGAUUUUUCAGGAAUAUCUAGUUGGAAUGCUUCAUUGUCCAGUUAUGAGAAGGAAAUCUAAAGCAAAGAAAGAGAUUGAGCCCCUGAAGAACUUAGAGGAUCAGUUUACCUGUCUCCAGACAGUGAUUAGUUCAGAGUACCCACCUCCUCUUGAUCCAGGUGCUAUGCAGCAUCCAGUCUUGAACCAAACCAGCUGGUUCGAUGCCCAGAACUGAAUGCUGUGCUCCAGCUGUGGCCUCACCGGUGCUGAAUAGAGAGGAAGAGCCACCUUCAUAGCUUACAUGUGAUUCCUCUGCUUAUACAACCCAAUACUGGAUUUACUUACUUUGGCAAGAUAGCUGCAUUGUGCACUGUAUUUAAUGUUACGUGUACUGUAACCCUGGGUCUUUCUCUGCAUUGCUGCCGUCCAACCCCAAUCCUGCAAUCUAAACCUCCUGCCUUUGUUUACCUGCCCCUCCCCCGUAGACUCCCCAUACAUUCAUCCACAAUGAAUGUCAUCUUGUUAUUCUCUGAUUUCCUUUUACUCUAAUCUUAAACUCUGGCAAGACUUUCACUCUGUCCUAUAAAUUGUCACUUGUCAGCCAUCUUUUUUCCUCCUUGCUUUGGUAAUGGAGCAUCCUUCAGACCUUUUCUCUGGUUCUUUUCCUUUUGUAGUAAUGAAACACAAGCACUUGGGGUGGUGGAUUUAGUAAGCGUUUCUGAAUCAUACCCAGGAACAACUCUGGUUUGGCCCCCUGAAGUUGUUACUUGCUUUAGUUCUUCUGUCCAGCUCUCCUUGACUCCUGACCUCUAUGGGGUGGAUAGUAUCCCACAGCGCCUCCUCUGAGGAGGAGAUGGAAAUAUACCAUCAACCUACCAGAAAAAUGUUUCACAGUAAGGAAAGUUAACUUUUUAUUUUUUAAUAGAAUAGUCUUUAAUCAUUUUUAAACAAAUGUGUCCAAUUAGAGAUUAAAUUGCUGUAAACUGAGAAGAGUGAGGGGAAGGAAGAAGGAAGUUAAGUAAGGUUUUUGAACAUGGAAUAGGAUAUGGUUCAUCCAGAAAACCAAAUGCAGAGUCUUGCUGGAUUUGGUAGCUGUCUUGAAUGGGAAAUGAAACCUCAGUUUUCCUGGACCCUGAAGCAUUAUAAUUAAUGCCUGAUUUAGAGUGGACUUUUAAGUUGGUUUAUUUAGGAUUGUUGACACAGAUGCCCAGUUUUUUAAAUAAUAUGCUUUGAUUAAUCAUUUAGAAUGUAAUGGGUUGUGUAUAUUCUUUUCUGCUUUUUUUGUGGGUGGUAAGAAUUGGAAAGUUUCCAAAUGUCCCUUUUUAUCUAUGCCUAAGCUCUCAAGUUUAACUGAAUCCUAGUGGUUCUUAGGGUUGAGCAGUUAAGUUGAUGUUUGAGUUGUUCCCUCAUCUUAGUGGAUAUAUCCUGUUUAAAUAGCCUCAGAGAACUUGUAGUACUUUUAUUGAACUUAAAGGUUACUGUGUACAUGUAUUUAUAUCUUGAGAAAAUUGAUUUGGAAACCUUUUUAAUGUUAUUUCAGUGCAUAGGAUUACUGUCAUGGAUUUAGAAGUUACAAAACCUUUCUUCAGGCACCUGGUAGAUUCCACUGUAAUGUACUAUAAGUGUGUUACAGGUGUACACUACAAGGAGAUGUGGAAAGAUCUGUUAGCCAUUUUUGGUGAAAUAUAAAACAUCACCUUACCUUUCUGUAUCUAUAAUUAUUAGAGAUUGCUAAUUUCAUUAUUCACAGUUAUAUAAGCCAAAGGAAAUCAGAAGCUCAGUUUGGUGGCUUCAAAAAAAGUAAGACUCUUUCUGUGUUUUUUUUACCAUGUAUAUUUCCCAAAUUUGGUGAAUUUAUUUUAGAACAUGACAAUAAAUGUUUACAGAUAUAAGAAAAAAUUGGUGGAUAUGCUUAUGCCUGCCACUUCUAGUAAUCAUGGCACCCUUCUUGAAAGGAACAUUUAGUUUUAUUGCUUGGAUUUUGAAGUGACCCUGAGCGACAGAGCUGACUGGACUCUUGUGUGCUGAACAUCAUUCUGUAGGCAGCCAGUAAGUAGUGAGCAGGGUAGGCACAGUUUCCAUCUCCAUUUAUGGUCUUGGAAGGGGGAAAGGGACAGAGUUGGGACUCUCUAUUUACAGUCCUUGGAGGAGUCAGUUGGGGUGUAGUUGGAGGCAGAAACUAGACAUUGUAAGAUAAAAAUAAAUUGUCAGGGGCUGUUUGCAGUUCAAAUUCCUGUCUCUCUGAGGAGGGCAGAGGGUGCUGGGAAAGGGGACUACAUGGAAAGUCAAAUGAUCUGCAGCAGCAUCUGUCUCUCUUCAUUGGAAUAUUGGCCAUUACACAAUUUUCCAAGUUCAGGUUUCUGGUUCUAGAAAGUUUUGUCCUGUGAAAUCAUGAUUCUCCUUUAUAAAAAGAGAAAAUGAUUUUUGAAAGAGUUCAUUGGCAGUCUCAUUUGAGACAGCAUCAUUUGAGGCAGUAGAAGAGAUGUCAUGAAAGAGAGAAUGGGGCAGGUUCUUGCACAGGAGUAGGCUGGCUGCGGGGCUGGUGACUGUCUGAAGGAGACAUCACAUGUCUCAUGCCUUUAUUUUGCCUCUCUGGAUUUCUGGCCUUCAGGGACAGAUUUUUCAAAGAGUCUUUAAGGGAAUAGCAUGUAGAUUGUCAGCUGUGACUUCAAGAUUCUGUACUUUCAUGGAGAGGCCAUGAACAUUGCCAAGAAUUGUUUUAGUUUGAUUAGAACAAAACAUAUGGAAAGUAAUUUCUCCUUUAGGAGAAAUUAAUAGUUUUUGAUAAUGCUCAUAAAUUAAAUCAGGUGAACUACUUUUAAGAGUUGAGUUAGAAAAUAUUUAGGAGCCACCAAGGAAAAGGGAUCUUGCCUCUCAAGAAAACUCUGGUGAGCCCCAGUGAGACAGACAGGAAAUGAGAAGAAAUGGAGGGAGACAGAUGAAGCAGAACUGGAAUGUGACCAGAUUUGUAAACUGAGACUUAAGUCCUUGAUUUAUCUUUUGAAAUGCCAUGUAAGAUAGUGUGAGGUGUAUCAUUACGUUCAAGGAACUGGGCUAGUUUGAAACAUGUAGUGGAAAUAAAGGCCAUAGGGGGAUAAAAGAACUGGACAAGGCAAUGAUGUUAUACAGGAUUUGUCUGGGCUUGCGUAGUGCUGUUUAUUUGCUGUGUGCCAAGUGACAGAAAAAGAAGUGAAAUGCCUCCUUCCCCCUCCCCCAGGAAGGAGACUGUUGACUUUGUUUGUGAAACUGGCAGUUGGAGUUGGUUGAUUAGUCAAAUGUAGGUAUUAGUGUACUGCUUCUUGGUAAUUAGUGUCUAAGGCUUGGGAUUUGUGGUGUUAUUAAUUUGACUUCUGCUUUAAAUUUUGGUGGUUUUUACCAUGGCAGAGUGAGUUAGCAAGGAAUAUAGACUAUGUAAGUGAUAGCUUUUGUUAGCUAGUUUGUCAAGGCAAUUAUUUUUCCCCUGUAUUCCUUCUUAACAAAUAGGAAGGAGGGUAUUCUUUACUUUGGGAAAUUCUUCUUUCUGUCCUUCUUCCCUCACGUUUUCCAAAUUCUGGGCACCAUAGCAGCUCUCUCUCUCUUCUGUGGCAGGUGUGCAUCCUAUUGGCUGGCUGGUAUUCUUUUUUUCCUCCCCUUAUCCUUUUUAAAUGGGGGAGGGGGGCUUAAAAUAUGUGUAUGGAGUACAUGCAAUAAUGUUGUAAUGUUUCUUGUUGUUUAAUUGAUAAUUAAUUGCAAAAUAAUUGAAUGGUAACAUGUUUGAGUAAAUGUUAAAUUAGUAUUUUUCUAAUAUAAUAAUGAAUUUGAAAUCUAGCAUUCCUGUAACAAUGUGUCUGUGUUUGUCUGUCUGUGUCUGUCUAAUAGUAAUUAAUAUCUGUGGUCCGUAUCUGGAAGAGGAAGUACAGCUUUAAAGGAAUAACAAAAGACUUUGUGUCUUAGACCCUUCGCAGGUGUUACAGUCGGGUGAAAGAACAUGGUGUUGGGAAAAGAAAGAGCAGUUACACAUUUGAACAGUUGGAACAGGUGUUUGGUCAGGGAGGAUGGGAUGCUCAGCCCUGCCAGCCUGUACUUAUUAACA